AAACUUCCAACUUAUCAUAAUCUGGAAGUCAAGUGCACUAUUGAUAUUGCCAUCUCUCAUUGGCUAUUGAGUACCACAACAAACAGUACAUCACACCUCUCAUCCAAUCACCUAAUCUUGCUCGCUGGCAAAAGAGGGAUUGACAUAUAAACAAAAAUGCCUCGCUUUGGUGGCGGCGAUGGUGGUGAUAUGCAUUUGCCUACAAGGCCAGUAGACAAAGAAAAAGCAGAAAGUGAACUUACACUUAAUAUUAAAAAGGCUACAAAUCCAGACGAAACUUCUCCAAAACAAAAACAUGUAAGAAAAUGCAUCGUGUAUACAUGGGAUUAUCAUUCUUCAAGUUCAUUUUGGAAUGGAUUACGUGUUCAACCAAUCUUGAACGACGAAGUUCAAACAUUCAAAGCUCUGAUCUUGGCACACAAAGUCUUACAGGAAGGACAUCCGAUCGUAUUGCGAGAUGCUCAAGGUCAAUCAGGUUGGUUUGAAACUUGUGCUAGAACAGUCGGAUCAGACAGCAUGCGUGGCUAUGCACCUUUGAUCAGAGCAUACGUCAACUUCAUCUUGUCCAAGCUUCGCUUCCAUCGUCAUCAUAAAGAGUUUAACGGAUUGUUCGAAUACGAGGAAUAUAUCUCACUCAAAAACAUUGACAACCCAGAUGAAGGUUACGAGACUAUUAUGGAUUUGAUGAACCUGCAAGAUCAGAUUGAUCAAUUCCAAAAGCUGGUCUUUGCCCACUUCCGCGGUUCAGCAAACAAUGAAUGUCGUAUCUCCUCCCUAGUCCCGCUCGUCAAGGAGAGUUAUGGUAUCUACAAAUUCUUGACAUCCAUGUUGCGCGCGAUGCAUAGAAGGACAGAUGCCAUGGACGCUUUGGAGCCAUUGAGAGGUCGCUACAACACACAACAUUACGGUCUACGCAGAUUCUACUACGAAUGUGCUAAUUUGAAAUACCUCACCAAUCUCAUCAAUGUUCCCAAACUCAAUCACGAUCCACCAAACCUCUUUGACUCGCCCGAUGGACCUGAACUACCUCCACGCAAGCCAGCCACGCCUCCUCCAUCGGGACCAUCUCAAGCAGAGAUCGAUGAGCAAGCAAGGAUGUUGAAAGAGUACGAAGAUCGACAAAAGGCUUUACGUGACAGUGAAGAUGCAGAGAAACGCAGACAAGCAGAAUUGGCAGCCCAACAACAAAGGGAUUUGGAAGAACAGCAACGCUUGCAAGCUGAAAGAGAGAAAGCUGAACGUGAUGCUUUAUUGCGUGAACAGAUGAAUCAGGCCAUCGGAGGAAGGACAGCACAAUUGGAACAAGAAAUGCUGGCUAUGCGAGGACAGUAUGAGCGUGAUCAAUUGCUUCUACAGCAAUACGAUAAUCGUGUCAAAGCAUUGGAGAUGGAGCUGGCAAAUAUUGGUCAAAAUGUCAAUGCCCAAUUGGCAAGUAAGGAUGACUUGAUCAAGCAAUUGCAAGAUCAAGUAACCCUAUGGCGAAACAAGUACGAAGCAUUGGCCAAAUUGUACAGUCAACUCCGUACCGAGCAUUUGGAUAUGUUGCAAAAGUACAAACAAAUGCAACUUAAAGCCGGAAGCGCACAGGAGGCCAUUGAUAAGAUGGAACGUAUGGAGCGCGAUGUGAAGGCAAAGAACCUUGAAUUGGCAGACAUGAUUCGCGAAAGAGAUCGAGCACGAUUUGACUUGGACAGAAUCAAGGCAAGUCAAAAGGAAGAACUGGACAGAUUGAAGCGUGAUUUGAUGUUCGCAAACGAAAGAGCGGAAGAUGCAACUAGGUCAAAGAGUUCAGAAGUUUCAGGUAUGCUUGCUACACUCAAUCGUCAAAUUGCCGAGUUGGAAGAAGAGUUGCGCGGCAAACGAAAUGGUGCUGACGAUUUGGCAAGACAAUUGGAUGCAAAGAAUGCCGAAUUGGCUCACCUGCGUGAUGAAAAGGAUGCCGAGAUUGCCAUCAUGCAAGAAGGAAUGGACUCAACCAUUAAGCAAAUGACUGAUAUGCAAUUGAACAAGGGUGAUGUUGACGAUGCUUUGAAUGCACAAAUUGACACCCUCAUCUUGGACAACUCCAAGAAACUCAACGCGAUCAUUGAUUCGAUCUUGCAAUCAUGUGUUGAAGCUGUCGAUGAUGCUUUGUACGAACUCGAAGCUCCUUCCGCCCAAGGAAAUGCAAAUGCAACACCAGAAUAUGUUCUCACAAUGGUGGAGAAGAGUACAAACUCUGUUAGUGACUUUGCAACCACUUUCAGCCUUUUCCUCACACAAGAAGCCGGCGGAGAGCAUGUUGAAGUGAUCAAGAAGGCAAAUGUAGUCUCCCAAGCAAUUGUUGAUGUCCUGUUAAGCACAAAGGGAGUCACGAGACUAGCCGAAAAUGAUGAUGCUGUGGACAAGAUUAUCUCCACUGGACGCUCUUCUGGUGAUGCUUUGAUCCGUCUUUUCAGCUCCUUGCAAUCUUUCCGUCUCGCAUCCGUUGCUCCCGGACAAAGAAGAGACGUUGUUGCUCGUCAAAAUAUGGAAGCCUCUCAAGCAUUGCGCAAUAUUGGUGAUAUCGUUGAGACACUAUUGAAAUCAAGCAAGAAUGUCUUGGCUCAUGCAAAUGGUGAUAUUGGUGAUAUUGUCGAACGAGAGAUGAGCAGUGCAGCUUUGGCCAUCGAGAACGCUGUGAAGAAGUUGCAAGCUUUGAUGUCCCGUCCAAAGGAUACGUCAAGAUUCAGUGCUGUCAAUUUGCAAGUUCACGACUCCAUCUUGGAAGCUGCUUUGAUUAUCACACGAGCAAUUGGAGGAUUAAUCAAAGCUGCAACUGAAGCACAACAAGAAAUUGUUGCUAAGGGAAGAGGAUCAUCUACCACGCAACAGUUCUACAAGAAGAACAAUCGUUGGACAGAAGGUUUGAUCAGUGCUGCUCGUGCUGUUGCAUUCAGUACAACGAUUCUGAUUGAAGCUGCAGAUGGUGUCAUUAUGGGAACACACAAUUUGGAGCAAUUGAUCGUUGCAUCAAAUGAAGUAUCUGCAUCAACCGCACAAUUGAUCGCUGCAAGUAGAGUGAAGAGUGAAUUCAUGUCAAAGUCACAAGACCGUCUUGAACUUGCAGCAAAAGCUGUGACUGAUGCAUGUCGAUCACUCGUCAAACUUGUUAAAGCAAUCACUGAAAAACAAUUUCAACGUGAUCAAGAAGAAAUUGAUUAUUCUCAAAUGCACGUUCAUGAAUUUAAAACGAAAGAGAUGGAACAACAAGUUCAAAUUCUUACAUUGGAAAAAGAACUUUCACAAGCACGUCAAACUUUGGGCGCAAUGCGUCGUGCCGGUUAUCAUGCAACAGAGGACGAAUAAGGUGUGUUCUUUUGGCUUGUCUAUUAUGUGCUCGUUGCCUGUAUUUCUUUUUCUAGAUUCGUUUGUGAUGUAGACUUUCUAUGUCUACACUAUUCACACUUUUUUAUUGCUUCACAUGACAAUACCAUAGGAUUGAGAUUUAUGAGUACAAUGAGAAUUUGUAAGGAU